CACCGUCUUCAGCGAAUCACAUGCGUCCUCGGGCGGAAACGAGUGACAGAGAGGAGGGUUGUAUUUGUGUAGGUAAACAAUGCGGCUGUCUCUUAGUUAAACGUGAGUUGUUGUUUUUUUUUUUUGUUAUUUUCUUAUAACUAGAGACACGCAUCAGCAGUUUUGCCGUGAGCAUUCGCAAAUGAAGACUUUAAUUGUUGGAGUUGGCGGUGUGACCAAUGGAGGAAAAUCUACCCUCUCCCAAUUUCUUCACCAGAAAAUACACAACAGCUGCAUCAUUGCUCAGGAUACGUAUUUUAAAGAUGACUGUGUUGUACCAGUGGACAGUAACGGCUUCAAGCAAUAUGACACGCUUGAUGCUCUUCACAUGGAGAAGAUGAUGAAGGAGGUUUACUGCUGGAGAAAAGACCCUCAUGAGUUCCUGAGGCGGCGAGGCCUGAUAGCCAAAGAUGCAUCCACUGAUGACGAACUUUACGUUCUGAUAGUGGAAGGUUUCCUCAUUUUCAACCACAGGCCUUUAAAUGAGAUGUUUGACAUGAGAUAUUUUUUGGAAAUACCUUAUGACAUCUGUAAGAAGAGACGGAGUAUGAGGGUGUAUGCACCUCCAGACCCUCCAAACUACUUUGAUGGAUACGUGUGGCCGAUGUACAUUCAAAACCGCAAGGAGAUGGAGAUAAUCACUUCAGAAAUUGUUUUUCUGGAUGGUCUGAAGCCAAAGGAUGAGGUUUUAGCUGCUGUUUAUGAAGACAUUCGUCAAGAAAUAGCCAGACUCCAGGGACAAAGCUGAUGUGAUCGACAUCCAUCUGGAUGUCAGACAGUAUCUUCUAGUGGACUGUUGUGUGACUGAAAGGACCAACCGUUUUAUUGUGCUGUUUGAAAGACUUUUGCGUCUUUUGGUUACUGUUGACUUUGAUCUCAUUUAAGUGGGCUUGUUUCAACACUUUAUGCAGAUGCUUGAUCCCACAGGCUUAAGGUUUUCCCACCUUAGAAUUUCAUUAUUGUAAAACAAAAAGUGAUGUUCACUUAAAAUGUUACUGCUUUCAGUAAGGUAGGUGAUAAUUUCAUUUAAAAAAAACAACUUUUAAAAAGGUGCUUAUGAGAAGAAACUGAUCAAAUCUAUUGUUAUUCUUCUGUUGCCCGGAGAUGACAUUUUCACCACCAGUUAGUGGAUUUUACAAAAACAUUAACUUUCUUUCACACUGGAACCUUGUUUUUUUACUGACACGAUCCCAAAAAAGCUCAACAUAUAUCAAGAAAUUGUAUUGCAGCUCUAUAAUAUCAGUUUGUAAUCCUUUUAUCUCGUUAUCAUCCGUGACAUUUGUUUAAUGUUUGACUAUUGAAUCAAUAAAGUUCACCAGUGUUGAAUUUAUGAGCCUAUAAAUCAUCAAAGAUUCACCCAGCUUUAUCCUAAGACUGAGAUUACAUUCCUUUGGAAGCUUUUGAAAGGAAAAUAAAUUCAAACUGUUUCCUCUGACCUCUUUAUAGGUCUUUACUAAAUCUGAUCUGAGGUCAGAAAAAAGUUGCAGUUGCCAUGGAGACCAAAAUGCUGUCACUAUAACCCUGAUAAACCAGUCCACUUUAUGCAGUGAAUGUACCAGUCCCUCUCAGAUUGUUAGUGGAUUGCUUUUCUUAGAACCCAAAUAAAACAAAAAUGUUGACCAAAUUAUAACAAGCACUCUUUUUGAUAUAAGAAGCAGCUUUUAAUUAUUUGGUGGUUCAUAUUCUCCAGCAUGACAUUUGUCUGAUUAUUUUAGAUCAGUUUUAAUUCAUGUUUCUGUUCCGUUAUCAAUACUUCUUUUUGAAAAAUAAAGGAAUGUCUACCAUAAA